AUGUCUCAGUUCGUGAGAUCCACCACGUCAAAGUACCGUUUCGGUGGUCAUGUAUCGACGGCCGGUGGCAUCUCCAACAGUGUUACCAAUGCGUUCAAUAUAGGUUGCAACUCAUUCGCAAUGUUUCUGAAGUCGCCAAGAAAGUGGGUUUCACCGCAAUAUACUGAGGACGAGAUCCAAAAGUUCAAAGACAAUUGCAAGCAGUACGGGUACAACCCGCUCACAGACGUGCUGCCUCAUGGACAGUACUUCAUUAACCUCGCCAAUCCGGAUCUCGAAAAGGCUGAGAAGGCUUACGAUUCUCUGAUUGACGACUUACGAAGAUGUGAGCAGCUGGGAGUUGGGUUGUAUAACCUACACCCGGGAUCCAGCCUGAAGGCUGACCAUCAGGUUCAGCUCAAGCAGCUGGCAAAAUACCUGAACAAGGCGCUGAAAGAAACGCAGUUCGUCAAGAUUGUACUCGAGAAUAUGGCAGGUACCGGCGAUCUUGUCGGAAGCAACCUGGAGGAUUUGCGAGCAGUGAUAGAGAUGAUCGAUGACAAGGACAGAAUCGGUGUGUGUAUAGAUACAUGCCAUGCAUUUGCCGCGGGCUACGAUAUCCGCACAGAAGAAUGCUUCGACAAGUUUUGGAAGCUAUUUGACGAGACAGUCGGAUUGCAGUAUUUAAAGGCCAUUCAUCUGAAUGACUCGAAGGUUCCUCUAGGUGCCAACAGAGAUCUACAUGAGCUUCUUGGGCAAGGAUUCCUGGGUCUGGAGGUGUUCAGACUCAUAGCACAUUCAGAGCACCUUGUUAACAUACCAAUAAUUCUCGAGACACCGCAACCUGAGCCGGAGGGUUAUGGACGAGAGAUCAAAGUUCUCGAGUGGCUCGAAGGCAAGGAAAAGGAUGAUAAAGAGGUGAUUUCAAAAAAUGAAGCGCUGCAAAAGCAAGGUUCAAAAUCAAGGCAGGAGCACGAGCAAAAGUUUGCCACCAAGCAGAAGAAAUCUGCUGCUAAGAAAAGGAAGACCGUAGUGGAAUCCGAAGACGAGUUGGAUAAAGUGAGAAAACCGAAGCGGUCAAGAAAGAAAGACUGA